CUGAUGUGCGACUCAAUCUCCGCUGCGUUGCACUCGCGCGCCGCGGCCGCCAUCUCCCCGCUGCUGCCACCGCCCUUCCGCCCUUGCACGCCUGCGCACGCGGCGAUGGCGGCGGGCGGAGGUGGGGCGGCGAUGGCGGGCGGCCAGGCCGGGGCAGCGCGGUCCCGAUCGCUCUUCCUGUGGGAUGAUGGGCGUCCUAUGCGGUUCUACCUGCGACCCGGCCUGGCCAAGCUGCGCCUGGCGCCUCUAGUGCUGGCGGGGGGCGGGAGGCUUUGCCGGGUGCAGGAGCCCGGGGCCGUGCUCCUGGCGCAGCCCGGCGAGGCGGCUCCCGACGGGGCCAUCUCAACCGAGUACGUGACGGAGUGUGUGGAGCGGAACCAGCGGCUGCCGCUGGAGCCCUUCCUCCUGGCCGCCCGCGGCCGCCUGGCCUUCACGGAGGCGGAGGAUGCGGCGCUGCUCCAGGCGGUGCGGGGCCAGGGCACGGUGCGGGUGAACGGCCGUACGCUGUGGAUAGAGCUGGAGCGGAGUGGCCUGACGCGGCACAACUGGCAGGCUAUGCGGGACCGCUACCUGCGGCACCUGCAGCCUCGUCUCUGGGAGCCCCCGCAGACGGAGGAUCCCACGCAGAUCACGGGUCUAUUCGCGGCAGCUAAUCGGGAGUUCGAAAGCACGGAGUCAGAAAGUGAGUCUUCGGAUGUUGCAGAACUUUCUACACAAGAUGGAGCAGAAAGGUCCCCAGGAGAAACAGCAGCUGAUCUGAAAACUGGGCCAGAGGACUCUGCUUUCCCUGAUAUUCAGUUACAAAGGCAAGAAAGACCAAAAAGCACUUGUUCUUCUUCCAGUGUGGUGGGACAGGUAGUAAAAACUAUGGAGCACUUCAUGGAGAAGUUUGCUGUGGACCUGUUCACUGUUACACAGGCCUUUCUGAAAAACAGCGGUGACAUGGAGGCUACUUCGUACUUUCUGCAGACAGGGCAGCGCUUAGAUGGGUACCCUGUAUGGAGCAGAGAGGAUGAUUUGGAAUUGCAAAAGGAUGAUGAACACAUCAGAAAUAAGUUGAUAGCCAAAUUUGGAGCUGAAAAUGUAGCAAAGCGGAUUGUAUUUAGAGAGAAUUAACAAGAGGGCAUUACUGAUGUAGUAUGGUUGCAUAAAUUUCAGAAACACAGUGGAAAAUUUGAUCAAAGUUCUGAAGUUUCAGAAAUGCUGUAAAGUAUUUUUCUGUUAAAAGGCUUAUUUCGCAUCUCUACAGAUCUAAGAGAUGCAGCUGCUUUAAUCCAAACAAAGUAGCACUUGUACCAGGCUGUAUAUUCUAGAUGGGAAAAGUACACCAGUUUCCAGAGCUACGAGUAAUAGUUGAAGUAGAAAAUGAAAGGUAAGAGAGAAUGAUCAGGAGUUAUGUAUCUAUCACCUAAAUUGUGUUUUGAGGGAGAACACCAUUGCUAGGAUACAGUCAUAAUCUAAAAAAGUUGUACUUUUAGCCUGAAGUUGUGCUCUGAUCGUUUAUUUUAAUAUUAUUUGAAAUGAAUCCUAAAAAUCAUUCUUUUGAUAAAAUAAAAUAGGCUGGUAAAGGUGAAGAUUUUUUUUUUUUGGUAGGGUUUGUUUGUUUGUGUUUUUGCCUCUCUAAAGAGUUAACAUUUUGGGUUUUUAGUAUAUUGCACUGUGCCACUCAGAAAAUUAAGGUGAGUUGGGAAAUUGCUAAUAUUAAGCCAGAUUAAAAUUAUAUUGAAAAUAAAAAAUGAUAUAAUGAGACUGCUGUUUCAGGAAGCCACUGCAACACCCUGUGAUUAUUCGAGGAGUUAACAAAUGUAACCAAAUAAAUGCUAAAACAGCACUAUGCAGUAUUUCACUGGACUGAAAAAGUGAGACUUACUUGGCAUAGUCAUGCUAUUCAGACUUUGAACAGUUGUUUGAGAUUCAUGUGGAAGUGAGACAAGCACUUAACGAGAAAGUCCAAGACAACAUAGCAAAUAAAGUAAUAGUAUUUUUUUUAAUUAGAAAUGUUACCAUGUUGGUUUGAAAUCCAAGUUUUGUGAUGACCAGGUUGAUGAACAGGAGACCUGUCAUCUCUUGCAGCUGAAAACUCCCACUCUAGCUUGGGCUGUGUAUACAUCUCAACAGCACCAUAGUGUUGCAAUGGUCUUGUUUAACAAAACUGCUCCAGAAUUCAAAGUGAGAGGUAGAACACAUUAAACGGCUGCAAUAUAAAAUGGUCAGAUUUACUCUAUCUUUUAUAACUCUAAGUGACACUUUUUUUAAGAGUGAGUUUGUCGCAUUGGGGAAGCUAGUGUAAGGUGCACUGCCAACUCCUGAGUCCACAUACAAUGUUUUUGCCUUUGCAGAGCCAUGUGGGCACAUUGUCUAUUGCUGAGAAUCUUUCCAUGUGUGCUUGGUGCACUCAGUAAGUGUAGGAACUAAGACACAAAGACCAUAGUUUACACAAGGUUGCCCUCUUUCAUCUUUUAUGAACUCCUGAAAGGCACUGCUUAACCACAGAUUCACUUGCUUGUGCAUGCAUGUAGGUCUAGGUCUCUUUUACUAGGUUAAAACCUGGAGGACUCAGAGAUGACAGCAUAUUGUAUGGUUCUAUUUCUGGUUCUGUCUUUUCCCAUGAUAAAAAUCCUUGUUUUCUAUGCUUCGUCUUACCUACAACACAGUUAUGCUCCUUUCAACAUGCUGGAGACAGUUUGGUUUUCCAUAUUCAUUUCAGAUUCCUGUACUGUCAGAAAAGGUCAGGAAGGGGUUUUUUUUGUAGCUCAAAGAAGUUUCUUUGUGUUAUCGCCUGGAGCAGCAAUAUUUGUAUACCUGGAAAAGUGAGCAAAGUGGCAAUGCAUAUACAAGAACUUCGAGUUAAAGACAAUUCUACAGCCAGAAAUUCUGGAUCUGCACACUGUUUGGAAUUUCCUAUUUGCUUCCUUUUAGAGUUAGCCAGCAUUCAUCAAAAGUCAGUUAAUUUCUGUGCUUUCAUAACUAGAGUUACCGAUGAAAAACUGAUUGUAUGCACCAGUUUGAAGAGCAACAGACAGGAAUUCCAGUCAGCUUUUAAAUGUCCUUUUGCCUGGAGACUUCUGUGUCUUGCAUUUCAUUGGUAUAAAAACAGGGUUUACUUUUCUAAACUUGUGCCAUGUAAACUUAAUGUUUGUUUCUAAACAGACUUCUGUGCUCUUUAUUGUAUAUGCUAAAGAACAUAGUCAUUGUUUUAAACCUCAUGAUCAGCAUCUUGAGAUUUGGGGGGGGUUUUGUUGAGUUUUCUUUUUCCUCCUUCAAAAAGAAUUUGAAGUUAUUUUUGCCUACAUUAAGACAACUUUAAAUUUUCAUGUGACUAGACUGGCAGCAGACUUUGCUGUUUCCAGAAAAAAAAAAAAAAUCUUAAACAUUGUUGUAUUGAGAAAACAUACCUAAAGGACUGUAAUAAAGAUAUACUGAAAUCAA